UGGGCGGCGGGAGAGGCAGCAGCUCCUCCUCCUCCCGUCACCGCGGCGUUGUCUGGGUUUCAGCCGCUGGCUCCGCUUCUCGACGCCACCCGGUGCCCGUUCGGAAGAAAAAGAAUUCGGCCUCUUGCCGUCCAAGAAGAUGGGCAGGAGGCGUUUUUUGGAAGGUGCAGCGCGGGAGCUGGCAGGCCCCUGUCCGGCCCAAGCACGGUUUUUGCUAUGGACGCUCAACAAUACAGAAGGCAAAAAACGAGGUAAUGUAGACCAGGUGUGCUGUUACUGUUUCCAGUUUCUUCAACCUGGUAACUAUAGGGUGCGUCUAAUGCCUAAAAUGAAAGUGACUCCACAGAUAGAGAAAUUACUUAAUCGGGAAAAGAAAAACUACAAACUCAAUUUAAAACAAACAAAACUUUUGAAAAAGUACAAGGAAUCCAGGAAUGCACUGUUAAUUACCUGCAAUAUGUGCAGAAAAACAGCAAGGCACAAUGGGAAAAGUAGAGAGGAUUUGGGUAUGAAAACACCAACCUUGAAAACAUUUUCAAACCAAACACCACCUGUCAGCCACAGUCAUUCUGCGAAACCAUCAUCAGGUUCCAGAACUUCCACAUCUGGAACAUCAACACCUAGUUCUUCUUCCAGGACUCCCAAAAAUGCCAAAUCCCACUUCACUCAGUUGAAAAGACUGCUUGUACUUGAAGAAAACAAAAAGAAUGAUAAAGGGGACCUGAAAAACUUCUUGUUGUCACUCUAGCAGCCUUUUAAAAUUGGUAUACUAGAAUUGCAAUGGAAUAAAGGAAUGCACCACUUGUUUGUUCAUUUAAAAAAAAUAGUAUCUUCGAAUGGAAAGAACGCUGGGUAAAAUAUGUAUCUACUGUGAGAGGAUCUACACGUCGCACUGAAGGCGCACGCAAGCGCCUUCAGUG